UCUCUGUUCUCUCUCACACAAUCUUCCGACCGCCCUCACCUCCCCCCUCCCCUCACUUCCCGGCGAGAGGCCGGGCACCCCCCCCCCCCUCUGGCGCCGCGCGGCCGCCCUCUGGACCCUGUCUCCCCGGCGCCCGCCGGCAUGGCCUCGCCCACCGUCGCCUCGCCGGGCCGGGCGAGCCCCGCGGUCACCCCCACCACCGCGCCCUCGCCGGUGUCCCCGCCGCGGCGCCUCUUGUCGGCGCCGCCCGCCGUCGACGCGUCCGGGGGAUCCUCCCCGGCCUCCGCCAACUCCGGGGACCAGCUCUCCGCCCCCGACGCCUCGAGCCCGAUGCUCGCGAGCAGGAGCGAGGAGUACAGGCUUCUGUUCCGGCUGCCGCCCGACGAGGUUCUCGUGCAAGAUUUUAACUGUGCUCUCCAAGAAAAUAUUCUGCUUCAGGGGCAUAUGUAUUUAUUUCUUCACCAUAUAUGCUUCUACUCAAACAUAUUUGGAUAUGAGACGAAGAAAACAAUACCUUUGCAGGAGGUAACUGAUGUUCGUAAAGCAAAGACAGCUGCCAUUUUUCCUAAUGCCAUUGAAAUUGUUGCUGGUGGUAAAAGGCACUUUUUUGGAUCUUUCUUGUCACGUGAUGAAGCUUAUCGAAUUAUAGUGGAUGGUUGGGAACAGCAUGUUAGUGAUGCAAAAUUGCUCCUUGAACGUCAGGAGACAAAGUCAGCAAGUAGCAGUGAAGAAAAUGGUUAUGUUUUAUUGGAAGGAACAAAUGAAUCUAAACAAGAUGAAGAGCCAUCACCACAGGACAGGUCUGUCAAUGACACAGCUGUCUCAAGUAGUAGUGCUGAUGGUGAUGAUUCCAACGUCAAUAUUUCCAAAAGGUUUUCAAAAGUUGAGGAGAAUGGAACCGAAGACAACAUCAUUGCACUAAACCCAUUCAACUUCGGGCCAGUUGAUGAGGCUGCUCCUAGUGUACCUGAAUCUUAUACUAUGAUUGUGGAGUCAAAGUUUCAGGUCCCUGUGGAGGCCCUUUUCAAUUUCUUAUUGUCAGAUGGUGCUUUUGACUUUUUGGAUGAUUUCCACAAAAAAUGUGGUGACAAAGAUUUUAGUUGUUCCAAAUGGCGUUCAGAUGAGCAAGGAGGACUUGUGAGGGAUGUUUCAUUUUUGCAUCCAAUAAAAUUUUAUCUUGGUGCAAAAUGUGGGACCUGUCAGGAGGUUCAGAAACUUCGUGUUUACAAAAACCGGCAUCUAAUGAUUCAAACUUCUCAAUCAAUAGGUGAUGCACCAUAUGGGGACCAUUUCACAGUAGAGGGGAUCUGGGAUGUUGAACAAGAUAGCCUAGAUGGGAACUGUUGUUUCCUUAGGAUAUAUAUUAACGUAGCCUUCUCAAAGAAAACCAUAUUUAGAGGGAAGAUAGACCAGUCAACAAAAGAUGAAUGCCGUGAAGUUUUCGGGCUCUGGAUUAAGCUUGGUCAUGAUCUUUUGAAGCAGGAGAAUAAUCGACCGAAAGGCGCUUCCAGCUCAACCAAUGCUGGUCUUCAGUUAGGGGCUACAGACAAUGUGGAAAAUGCUGUGGAAAAUGCAGUUCCAAUGGCAAGUUCCACACAGGAUGAAUCUGGUGUGAGAAGCCUCAUUCCUCCUAUCCAAGAUCACCAGCAUAGAACAGGAAGAGAUUCUUCUACAACAUCCACUUCACAAGAAUUGUGGGGUUCACUAACAUCGUACAUGAAAUCGAGCCAACUAGGCCCAGUGCUAGCAGUGGUACUGGUGGCUUUCAUUAUCCUAAUGCAGGUAACCAUCAUAGUCCUACUAACAAGAUCCCCCCAGGUCCAAAUGGCACCUCAUGGGAUUUCCCCGAGCAGUUUAGGAUACAGCAAAGAAAGCAUAGAGUGGGUGCAGAAGCGCCUCAGCUUACUAAGCGAGGAGAUGCAGCUAGCGGAGGCACACAUGGAGACGAUGAGGCACGAGUUUGCCUGGCUCAGGUCACAUCUGGAGAGACUGGAGAGGCUGAGGGGCAGUACAUGACUCGGGGGUGUACAUGAGGGCAUCAAGGGCUGACGGCGAGGUUGCAGCAUGAUCACGGACGCAAAUACUGCUCAGAGAUGUAAUGUUCAGUGUUAUUUUGUUCUUUGUUCCUAUAUAUAGAGCGUACAGUUGCACACAGGAGUGCCGUAGGUGAAUUGCCGUAAGGCAAAUCACAAAAUCCCCGUAUAGCAUUCGAUGUAAAUAGUCGGACCUCCCAUUGUACUGGGAUGAACUGUGUACCGUACGAGGUUUGCGUGUCAUCUUCACGCGAGGCAAUCACACUUGUGUAUACAAAACUUAUUAUCUAUCGCUUGAUUGCACAACAAUUUUACCAUUUUGCUUAUUAUC